CAGAUAGUAGCUAACUAAGCUAAAGCUAGGCUAACUAGCUGCUGCUGAGGGACAUGUAGCCAGUCAAACACUCAGUCUGUUUCAAUGAAGGAUCUUCCAGAGUGACUGGGACAUGGAGUUAAGAAAUAUCAAGGACCAGUCUCCAUUGGUCCAGGCUAUAUUCAGCCGAAACACAGAAGAAGUGACAUUUUUGUUGAACCAGGAAGAAGAUGUCAAUUCACUGGACCAAGAACAAAGCACACCACUUCAUGCUGCUGCUUAUCUGGGAGAUGUCCACAUUAUGGACCUACUUAUUACUUCAGAUGCAAAUGUCAACACGAAGGACCAGGGUUUGCUGACUCCUUUACAUCGAGCCGCUGCGUCACGAAAUGAAAGGGCUGUGGAGCUGCUACUAAAGCACAAAGCAGAGGUCAACACAAGGGAUAAAUUCUGGCAUACACCUUUGCACAUGGCAGCUGCAAACUGGGCUACAGGCUGUGCUCAAGCUCUGAUACCACAUGUUUGCAGCCUGGAUGUUACUGACAGGUCAGGGAGGACACCACUGCAUCAUGCGACACACAGCGGCCAUGGAGAGAUGGUGAACUUGCUCCUGAGCAAAGGUGCCAAUGUGAGUGCCAAAGAUAAGAAAGAGAGGCAGGCCAUCCACUGGGCUGCACACCUCGGACAUGUGGAGGUCAUGAAGCUGCUGGUGUCUCACAGUGCUGAUGUGACGUGCAAGGACAAACGUGGUUACACUCCGCUCCAUGCUGCAGCUGCCAGUGGGCAGUUAGACGUGGUCCAAUAUCUGUUGGGGCUGGGGAUGGAGACUGAUGAACCCAACAUUUUUGGGAACACAGCGCUCCACAUGGCCUGUCACACAGGCCAGGACACCGUGGCCACUGAGCUGGUGAACGGCGGCGCUAACAUCAAUCAGCCGAACUACCAGGGCAACACGCCACUGCAUCUGGCUGCUGCCUCCUCCAGUGGGGUGCUGUGUCUCGAGCUGCUAAUCAACAAUGGGGCUGAUGUCAACAUGCAGAAUAAAGAAGGAAAGAGCCCUUUACAUAUAGCUGCUAUGCAUGGACGCUUCACAGGCUCCCAGAUUCUGAUCCAAAAUGGUGGGGAGAUCGACUGUGUUGAUAUGUAUGGAAACACUCCUCUUCACAUCGCUGCCAGAUAUGGUCAGGAGUUGUUGAUCAGCACUCUGCUGACAAAUGGUGCUGACAAGGCCAGACAGGGGAUUCAUGGGAUGCUUCCACUACAUCUGGCGGCGCUUUACGGUUUUCCAGACUGCUGUCGAAAGUUACUGUCUAAUGGUCAGUUUUACAACAUCAUGCCGGCUCAAAUGUCAUCAGUUGGGUUUGAUAUAAACAUCUUAGAUGACCAAGGGAGGACCUGUCUGCAUGCAGCUGCCUCUGGAGGAAAUGUUGACUGUCUCAACCUGAUCUUAAAUAGUGGCGCUGAACUGGGCAUUAAGGAUAAUUUGGGAAGAUCUCCUUUGCACUAUGCUGCAGCCAACGGGAACAGCCACUGCACGAUCUCUCUGGUGAGAGCCGGUGCUGAGGUCAAUGAGCUGGAUCUGAUGGGCUGCAGCCCUCUGCACUACACUGCUGCUUCACACACCUUCUGUGGUGGAAACACAAACUCUGAUCCUCACUACAGCGUGGAAAAGGAACAAGAGGCCUCUCUGUGUUUGGACUACUUGCUCGACAACGGGGCGAACCCAACUCUGAAGAACAGUAAGGGUUACAGUGCCGUCCACUAUGCUGCAGCUUAUGGAAACAAACAGCACCUCGAACUGCUCCUGGAGAUUUCUUUCAACUGUCUAGAAGAGGUUGAAAGUAAUAUUCCAGUCAGUCCUUUGCACUUAGCUGCGUAUUACGGUCACUGCGAGGCCCUUCGUUUGCUGUGUGAGACAUUAGUGAGUCUUGAUGUGCGGGACAUUGAAGGCCGAACUGCCCUCCACCUGGCUGCUCAGAGAGGUUUUGCCCCGUGUGUGGAGGUGCUGCUGAAACAUCAGGCCUCAUACACACUGAAGGAGCACAAGCGCAAGUGGACCGCUCUUCAUGCUGCAGCGGCUGAGGGCCAAAUGGACUGUCUGCUUUUACUGGUCAACAGGGAACAAAGUGCCGACAUCGUUGACAGUCCAGAUACACAGGGACAGACGGCUCUCAUGCUGACAGCUCUGGGACGUCACACCGACUGUGUCCACAUCCUGUUGGAGAAAGGAGCGAACCCUGAUGCUGCAGACAAAAAGGGCUUCACCGCAUUACACAGAGCUGCCAUGUUGGGCAGUGAGGACUGUGUAUCUGCUCUGCUGGAACAUGGGGCUUCUGCUCUGUGUAGAGACUCUCAGGGAAGGACCCCGCUGCACCUUGCAGCCUCCUGCGGUCACACGGAGCUACUCAGCAAUUUGCUGAAGGCUGCUAUGAAGGUUGACCCUCUGGACUCCAUGUUGGACCACAGAGGCUACACGCCCACCCACUGGGCUGCUUACCAUGGGCAUGAAGGAUGUUUACACAUUUUACUUGAAAACAAACUUUUUAGCAACCAGGAAGGAAAUCAUUUCACCCCAUUGCACUGUGCUCUAGUUAAUGGACAUGAAGUUGCUGCCGAACGUCUGGUGAAGACUGUUGGACCUCAAAUUGUUAAUGUUUGCGAUGCCAAAGGAAGGACCCCGCUGCACGCAGCUGCUUAUUCAGGAAAUGUUGCUGGGCUCCAGCUGGUCCUGGCCCAGGGAGCAGAGGUCAAUGCUGUGGACCACUGUGACUGCUCUGCUCUGAUGGUUGCUGCUGACUGCGGACAGACCAUGGCUGUUGAAUUCUUGCUGCACAAAGCGAAGCCUGAGCUGACCCUGGUGGAUGUUAAUAAUAACACAGCCCUUCACUUAGCCUGCAGCAAGGGUCAUGAGAUGUGUGCCCUGUUGAUCCUUGGAGAGAUCAGCGACUCCUCCCUCAUAAAUGCAACAAACAGCGCUCUCCAAAUGCCUCUUCACAUUGCAGCGAAGAAAGGCCUGGCGACUGUAGUGCAGGUGUUACUGAGCAGAGGAGCGGCAGUCAUGGCUGUAGAUGAGGAAGGCCGCACACCAGCUCUGGCCUGUGCCCCGAACAAAAACGUGGCAGACUGUCUGGCCCUGAUCCUCUCCACCAUGAAGCCUUUCCCUCCCAGAGAGCCCAGCGGUGGCACAAACUCCCACUUCAACCCCAUCCUGAAGAACUGUGGCAUUGCUGCCACCUGUGGCUCCAGUGGAAACCUGUGUCAUGCCUAAGUUAAAGCCACUGUUGGCCUGCACAGGUGUGUGACAGAGUGAAAUUUCAGCCCAUUGUAGCCCAAAGUCUCCACACGCACAUACAAGUCUCCCUAAACAUGUGUGGUUGAUCAUGCAUAGCUUCUUCCCUCACGUGGCAUUUACACUUGUGCUCAUGCACCAGUCGACUGCUUCUCUAAAAUAGAGUCUUACACAUUACUAAUAUUAGCAGACCUCUUAGAUGAUCUUUUCUGUUACAUGCGUUGAGUUUAGCACAUAAAUGUUAUUUUAAUGAAGCACUAACUAUUAGAAAUGAGUGGAAGUUUUAACAUGAGCACACUACACAAGC